AUGGUACUGGGACCGAUGAACAAAAACGGUGGUGGUCAAAUCGUCUGCGUAUCUUCUUGUCUUGGUCUUCGGCCUACAAAGAAAUUAGCCGCUUAUAGUUCAACAAAAUCAUUCCUCACUUUUAUUAGCUACUGCAUUGAUCGUGAGUACAAGAAUAUUAAUGUGCAAAUUUUGAUUCCUGCCGUUGUUGCUACCUCAAUGACAUACUACAAUAGUAAGGAAACUAUGUCGGCCAGAGGAUUAUUUGAAAGAAUCUUUGUCAUCAGCCCAGCGAAAUUGGCUCGAGAAGCUAUCAGAACCAUUGGCCUUACCAAAUUCACAACUGGAAGUUUUGUACAUGAGAUGCAACUGUUGGUGCAAUAUUUGCCGGUACUUUUACAAGAAUUUAUUUUGGAAUUGAUUACGGAUCGUGAAGAUCGAAGAGUGCUGAAAUUGCUGGAAGAUGAGAAAGAACGUCAUAAAGAUUCGAAAAUAAGAAGUGUUGCUGCCUAA